CAAGGAUAAAUAUAGCAUCGUUCCAGCUGCAAGUUCCGCUCAGUAAAUGGCUAUUGUAUACCGAGAUAGAGUUUAAGUGUCGUAGUGAACGGACGCGCGAUCUCACACAGUGCUCGACACGCAAUUCGCAAAAUGACGGUAGUAUACUUCGAUUGGCUUGAUUACAUCGUCUUCGGGGGCAUGUUGCUACUGUCGGCGCUCAUCGGGAUUUACUUCGCAUUUGCCACUAAAAAGCAAAACACCACAGCUGAAUACUUAAUGGGCGGGAAAACUAUGGGCAUGUUUCCCAUUUCGAUGUCAUUAAUAGCCAGUUACAUAUCGGGAAUAUCGCUACUAGGGCUCCCUGCCGAAAUGUACACAUAUGGCACGCAAUUAUGGGCUAUCGUAUUAUCAGAGUGGGCAGUUUCUGUGACGAUUGCGAUCGUUUACUUACCGGUUUUCUACAACUUACAAAUAACAUCGACUUAUGAGUACUUGCGACUAAGAUUCAGUCAAAACGUUAGACUGCUGGGGUCGGUUAUAUUUAUAAUUAAAAUGAUGCUCUACAUUCCUAUAGUUGUCUACGUACCAGCAUUAGCCUUUAAUCAAGUAACAGGCAUUAAUCUCCACUUAAUCACACCCAUCGUUUGUAUAGUGUGUAUAUUUUACACCACUCUUGGCGGACUUAAAGCUGUAGUAUGGACAGACACACUCCAGACAGUGCUUAUGUAUUUUGGUGUGGUUUUCGUUUUGGCGUACGGUACAUGGCGUCUUGGAGGUGUGUCUAACGUAUUAGCUAUUAAUGCUGAGGGAGACCGUCUAGAAUUCUUUAAUAUGGACGUAGACCCUACAAUUCGGCAUACAUUUUGGUCAACAGUUUUUGGCAAUUUCUUUAGUUGGUUGGCUUCGUGCUCUGUCAACCAAGCCAUGGUACAAAGAUGCUUGGCGUUGUCUUCUUUGAGAAGGGCUAGAAUGACGAUUUUUAUAAUGGCAGCUGGCAUUUUUUGUAUUGUUUCGCUAUGUUGUUACACCGGCUUGGUAAUAUAUGCCACAUUUGCGACUUGCGACCCUCUGACCACGGGAGCUAUAAAGAAAAGUGACCAACUUUUACCAUACUUUGUGAUGACCAUCACGGGAUCAAUUCCUGCACUACCAGGAAUAUUUAUGAGUGGCGUGUUCAGUGCAGCGCUAAGUUCUAUGUCUACUGGGUUGAAUUCUCUAUGCGGAGUAAUAUUCGAAGAUCUCAUUAGACCAGCUUACAAUAAACCUAUUUCAGAGAAAACUGCCAGCUUUAUCAUGAAAGUCAUUGUUGUCGUUAUAGGAGCUACGUGUGUAGCACUGGUAUUCUUAGUUGAACAUAUGGGCGCACUCAUCCAGGCCGGGAAGAGCUUAGCCGGAAUCACAGCUGGAAGUCUACUGGGACUUUUCUCUAUGGGGCUGUUCUUGCCGUGGGUGAAUGCAACGGGUGCCCUAGUGGGCGGCAUCGUCUCAACUCUUCUGGUCGGUUGGAUAUCGUUGGGCACUCAAGCUGCUAUGUUGCGUGGAGAAAUAUAUAUUCCCCCGAAGCCGGUUUCCGUGGCAGGCUGCUCGGGAAACUUUAGUUUAUCGGGGGGUCCAACGGCUUCAUUUAACAAAAUCGGAAUUGAUAGGUCAGGAACAUUCUUCCUGUAUAGACUGAGCUACUUGUAUUACACGUUCAUCGGGAUGUCUGUCUGUGUGCUCGUUGGAGUCGUCGUUUCCUUCUUCACAAAACCUAAUGAUCCCGCUAUGGUCCAUCGCGACUUGCUGACGCCGGUGAUCCACCGCUGGCUGCCGGCGCAGAGCCCGCACUGCCGGCGCCCGCGCCUCACGCAACACGACAUAGAGAUCCACGCGCGAGAGCUACAAGCGCUGCGGGACAUCUCUAAUGAUAAAUACGACAACGCACGCCUAGAGUUUUCUAGAAGUAACAACAACAACGUCGGCUAAUUAUUUGAUUUUGUAUGAUGUCGAUUUUAAAUGUUUAAUUAUAAUUAUAAUUGUAAGAAAGUUGUAUUAAACACUAUAAGUAAACGAAUAA